ACGGACCCGAGUUGUGGUCGGGCGGCCAUGGCGCUGGAUGUUCGCAGGCGCUUCUUUAAAUUCCUUUUGCGCUGCGGCGCCGCCAUCAUCACCCGGUUCCCCUUCUGGAACUGCUUCAGCAUGUUGAUGCUGUUCGCCGAACGAGCUGAUCAGCGCAGGAAGCCGGAUAUUCCAGUGCCAUACCUCUAUUUUGAUAUGGGAGCUGCAGUUAUCUGUGCCAGUUUCAUGUCCUUCGGUGUGAAGAGGAGAUGGUUUGCCUUGGGAGCUGCCCUUCAGUUGGCUAUCAGCACAUAUAUAUCAUACGCUGCAGAACAGGUGCACUACGGGGACUGGCUUAAGGUAAGGAUGUAUUCCAGGACUAUAGCUGUAAUUGGUGGAUUUCUGAUAUUAGCGAGUGGAGCUGGCGAGAUAUAUCGGCAGAAGCCUCGUACAAGGUCGUUACAGUCCACGGGGCAAGUGUUUCUUGGCAUCCACCUUAUUUGCGUGGCUUACUCCCUGCAGCAUAGUAAGGAGGACCGCCUGGCCUAUCUGAAUCACAUCAUAGGAGGUGAAAUUACACUGCAGUUGAUGUUUGUAUUUUAUGCUGUGCUGGCUUUGUCUUUCCUCUCUGGAUACUGUGUACGAACUGCAGCCCAGAUGCUUUCUAUUCUUAUGCCCAUUGUAAUUCUGUUCAUUGAUGGAAAUGUGAGCUAUUGGCACCAUUCACGCAGGGUUGAGUUCUGGAAUCAAAUGAAGCUGCUUGGGCAGAAUGUGGGCAUUUUUGGUGCUGCCAUAAUUUUGGCCACAGAUUGCUAAUGUUAUUUUAAAGGUGAAGUUCCUCAUUGCAUGGCACUAAUAAAACCUUGUACUGCUAUUUAUUUGACAUUUAAAAAAAUGUAUAGGUUCUUAAAUAUAUUUUCAAUAUAGAAGAUAUUCUCUCACAAUUCUAAAGAUAAAGUGAACUGUGUGAGCAAUUGCUUAGAUCCUGGUGAACAUUCAAUCUAACCGAGGGACAACAUUUUUGCUCCUGGCACUGUAUCUCACUUUCCAGGACUGUAUUGAGAUAUUGGGUGCUUGCCUUAGGCAGAUGAACAUUUGCACCAGCUAUAUGUAUCUGAAAUAUUGGCUCAUUUUGUGUUAAUUGAUAUAUUUUCACCAAAUUCCAUGUGCUGCAUCAUGAAUGAUAAAUACGGCCUGUAAUUUGUUGCAACAUGAUGUCCUGUGAUUUAUAUUACUUAUGAUUCCAUUGUUCCUUGUGGUAUAAUACUAAACAGUUCUAUUAUCGUGUACGAAUUGAUUUCCUCUCUUAAAAGCAUACAUUUUUUUUUCCAACCUCCAUUUCCUUCGUCUGCUUCCCAUGGUUAUUUAUGCAAGCAAGAUGAACAACACCCACACAGCUAGUGUAUAUUAGUUGUUCUAGUUGGCAGCCUAAACACACUCCUUACUUCUUGAGACCGUGGAUCUGUGACAAUCCACAGUUGGGGCACCAUCACAUUAAUAUUCAUUGUGAUUGAAAUUUCAGUUUUGUUUGCAAUGUCAAUGAUUUUUUUUUCUUUCCUCCAAUUUCACUUUGUGCUAUAAUUCCCUCAGUGCUAUAAUUUUCAGUAACAGAUUCUGCAGGGUUACUCUUCUGGAGUUUCUCCCUUGGCUCUGUAGAAGCUGGAUCGGUAAAUCAGAAGACGAUUAAGCCCAAAAGAUAUGGUGAAUUUUUAGGGGGUAAUAAUGACCACGGCAGUAUAAGUAUUGUCUUGAGUCCUGGCAUCAAUCCUUUGAGUGAAAUUAUCAUUGUUUUAAACACACUGAUUUAUUUUUUUUCAUAAAGUAAAUAAUUGAUCUCGCCUUUUAACCAUUUUGUGUUGAUUUGUUUCACCUCAAUCCUGUGUUUCUGCUGAAAAUUUAAAAAAUGUUGGUGAGCUGUGGUUGUUGGCGGUCAAUCUCUCUGGGUAAAUCACGAGCUACGAUGAGUCGUUGCUUUUGGAUUUAUGUUAAGUUAUAGUUUUUUUUUUUAAAUGCCUUUUUAUAAUCUAAAAGUUAAUGAGGCCCACUGUUUCCAAAGUGUAACGGAGAUAGUCAGAACUUUCAUGAAUUCGUGGGAGUACAUCAACUCAUCAAUAGCUUCAGAUUUACUGAGAGCUUUUCUUUUUCCCCUUCAUCCAAUCCCUAUCUACUGAACAAAAUUGUACUAAAACUUUACAAUCCCUCAAGCUGUUGUGCUCAUCCUGCAAACUGAGUUUAAAAAAUGAAAUCGGGUUUAAAACAAAUGAAUUGUCUUUGUGAAGAAAUGGAGGAUCUCUAGUUUCUGUUAAUUUUAUAAAUUGUUCAGCAUGUGGACCCUCUCCAAAUGAUGAAGGCAUCGAUUGUGAUGAAGAUAUGAAUACAUAUCAUGGCCUGUCUAAAACAAUAAAGCUAUUUUAUCCCAUUUCUCCAUUGUGAUCUCACUUAAGUACAAAGGAUUUCCUCUUUGUAAGAAAAUAGGCUGAAAUGCAAUUCAAUUUUAAAUGGACAUUUAAUUAAAAAUACAGAGACACAGCGGGUUCACUAUGUUUAAUAUUUGUAGGCUUUAUAUCGAAUUAUCUUUUUUAUAAUAUUUGUGACUACUUAUGCAGGAAGAGAAAGAGCUUGAAUGAAUAUUUUACAAAGACAAUGAAUUCAAAAAAAGACAACUAAUUCACAAUAAAACAUGCUGAAUGUUGAAGUGAUUUAGGAUUGUAAAUUGAAGGGGUUGUGAAUUGUGGCAUCUGAAAACUAGGAUUUAUAUUGUACAUGGUAAAACUGCAACUGCCCUAACUGCAACUGAUUCUAAAAUGUUUGUAAAUUUGACUAGAUUUCAGUGGGAUUUAAAGCCGCGAGUUUCUAUAAUCUGUACUGAAGAAUGUAAAACAAAAUCAAAUCUAUCUUUGUCUAUAUUGUCAUUGUUACUUUCCUUCCAUGAAGAGUAUGUUUGGAUUAAGUGAAUGGUGGGAAUUUGGAUCAGCUGGAUCCAGGCCCCUCACUCCUAGUUGUUUCUUGCAGGUUGAUCUGUAUUGUAUAAGGCUUCAGUUGUGUUUGUCUCCGAGCGAUUACAUUGUGAUACUGUAUAAGUAACAUAUUGGGAGUAAAAUGUUCAUUAAAAAUUAUAUCAUAUAAAUGAACAAAUGGCCAUCAUUGAUCCCAGGCAAUUGUUUGAAUGACAUGAUCUAUAGAAAGGUUUGAAUGCUCCUUUGUUUAAAACGUUCAUGAUGAAGAAAACUAAACUCAGCAAGUCAGUCAACAUCUGUGAUGGGAAUGGACAGAAAACUUUCCGGGUUGGCACUCUUCUCUUGAGAAAUUUUUAAAUGGAAAUCCAUUUUCCACAGAUAGCUUUUGAACAAAUAUUCUAUUUUCAAUAUAAUCUACAUUUGGAAAAAUGGGGAUUACCAGUCAACUGAAAUAUGUACCAAGCUGUGAUUCGUUCAAGUAUUCAUUGAAGAGCUUGCAACCAUAAAUUAUUUAUUAAAAUGAAGUGUAGUUACUUUCUUCGUAGGCAGCAUUCAAGGGCAAGGAUGAUUUGCUUCCUCUGGAGUGAAGAGUAGAAGAUGCCUCAGUGUGAUUUCUUUCACUGGGGGAUGAUUGUUGCAUAUGAGUUACCUUAAGGUCUUGGCAGGGUGAUGCCUUGGUCUAAGAUGAUUAGAGCUGGCCUUGUUCCAUAGACUUAACAUGAACUUGCAUAAGUGCCUGUAUCUAUAUGCUUGUACCUGUAUUCACACGCAGGUACAUUCCAUCAACACAUGGGCAAACACUAUCACACAUGCUCUUAUCCACACACUUCCUCACCCCACCACAUCUCUCUCCCUCUCCCAGACUCUUGCCUAUGUAUAGUCAGUGAAAUUCAAUCUAAAUAUGUUUACAAUGCAUAAGUAAGAGCAUUAAUAUAGUUGUAAUUCAAAUAUUUUGUUUCACCAUUUAACACUAGGCUGAUUGACAUUCUCCAUGAAUUGUUUGUAUUUAUGUAACUUUUUUCUAAACAUAUUGGAGAUGGAAGUUGCUAAUUUCAUCAAGUAAAGAAGAGCCUAAUGAAAUCCAAUUCAUUGCAAAAUCUUUUUACUUAUUUAUACCACACCAAUAAAUAUAGUUGAGAUUUCCUCUAUAGAAAACACAUAUUUUGUAAUUACUUGGGCAACAUUUCUUCAAUUGCAUCAUCCCUUAUUGUUCAUAUGGAAUCCCUUUUGAUGUGAGAACUGAUGAAAGAAAGGACUACAUUAAAUACAAUUUCAACAAAAUACAAUUCGUAUUUGGAGAACGUUUCAAGCUGAAGGCAUACUUUGAGGAUUUUUUAAAUGAAACGUGUAGUAUCUCUGGUGCAGUGAAAUGAAACCCAAUUUUUCAAUACUUUUGCUGGUUAUUUGAAUAAAGGGAAUUAGCAAAUGAAACUGUUUUAAGCUUUAGAAACAAACUUGUAUUGCAAUGAAGUGUCCAAACCGUACUAGGUUGAUCUAAGUCAAAUGUUGAUCUGUCCAUUUAAUAUCUUUGUAUUUAAGUCAAAAAUACGUACGUUAUUAUUAUAAUUAGAAAACUCGGGUCCACCAGAUUGAUUAAAUGAUCGUAUUCAUAUGUUCAUAGAGUUUUAUAAUGGGGAAAUAUUUCUUUUUUAAGGCAAAUCUAUGUUAUUCCCAUUGGCUCAUAUCGCUCCAAACCUUUCCCUGACCACAUACCCCAUUACCUGUCCAAAUGCUGUUUCAACAUUGUAAUUGCAUCUGUCUCAACCACUUUCUCUGGCAGCUCAUUCCACAAUGCCACCUGUGUGGAGAAUCUUGCCCCUCGAUUCCCCUUUAAAUCUUUCCUUUCCCCUUUGAAUCUUCAACAUACCCCAUGGUCUCUAAUCUUGGACUCCCCCUAACCUGGGAAAAUACUGUGAUUAUUUACCCUAUCUGUGCCCCGUAUAAUUUUAUACACCUCUUUAAAGUCACCCUUUGCUUCAGGGAAAACAAUCCCAGUCUAAUCUCUUUAUAAUCCAAACUCUCUAAUUUAGGCAAACUUCCCCUGAAUCUUCUGGAUCCUCUCGGGUUUAAUCAAAUCCUUCAUAUGAUGAUUCUCUUUGGAUAAACAAUCUUUUAUUAAUAACGUACGUGCCAAUUGGAACAUGAACUAGUAACCGUGAAUUAUUUACUGUGCGAACUUGUGUAAAUUGUUUACGUAACCUUGAUGUCAGCGACUUUGACGUCAAAGUGUUUUGUAAUUAAAUGACAAGAGUACCUUUUUGUCUACUGUCUUUCUAUAACCCCAAUGAUGUAUCGUGAACUUUCUACAAAUACUUUGACUUUUUUGUGACUCUGUAAGUACAGUGUGAUUUUUGGCAAUGGAAAUCUUUUGAUUCGCGUAGAUGCUGAUGAAAUGUGUUACGACAUGUUUAAAAAAAAAAAGAGUUCAUGUGCACACUGCUAAAUCUGAUCCUCGGUUAUGUUAAAUCAAUCUGCACUUCCCUCAGUAACUUCUCCAAGAAAAAGGAUUGAAAACCAAAAUCUGACUUAUUUAGUUGUGCUGUAGUUUACAAAAAUGCCAGGAGCAGUGAUUUUAGUCCUUUAUAAGAGCGAUGGUCAUACAGCACAGAAACAGGCACUUUGGCCCAACUUUUCCAUGCUCACCAAGAUGCCCCAUCUAAGCUAGUUCCAACUGCCUGCAUUUGACUCACAUACUCUAAACUUUUUCUGCUUCAUGUAUCUAUUCAAAUGUAUUUUAAAUGUUAUUGUACCUGCCUCAACCACUUCAUCUGCCAGCUUGUUCCAUGUACCCUCUGUGUGGGAAAACCUGCUCCUCGGGUUCCUGUCAAAUCUCUACUUCACCUUAAACCUAUGCCCUCUAGUUAUUAAAGACCUGAUUCUAGGAAAAAGACAUCCAAUGAUGCCCCACAUCAUUUUAUACCACUGUAAAAUCACCCCUGACACCUCGGUCACCUAUGCUCCAAGGAAUAAAUUCCCAACCUGUCCAACCACUCCCAAUUACUUAAGUCUUGUAAAUAUUUUCUACGGCUUAAUCCUUCCAAUAGCAGAGUGAUCAAAACUGAACACAAUAAUUCAAGAUAGGCACAAAAUGCUGGGAUAAUUCACCGGGACAGGCAGCAUGUCUGGAGAGAAGGAAUUUAUUGUUGGUGUGGGCCUAUGGCUGGAGAAUGGGGGUGUCGGUGGGAACGGCAGCUAGAGUUAUGGUGAUCUGAGGGGAAGAAUAGAAUUAGUCCUGAUGGUGGUUUGCUGAUUGGUGCAGACACAACAGGCUGUUUCCAUGCUGUAUGAUUCCGAUGAACAAUCUAAGAAAAUGCAUUGAAAUUAUAUGUUUGCUAAAAUGUUAAAUAUUUUCCAACCGAUUU